UUGCCGGAGGAAACUUCUCUUCUGACCAUGGCUAGGUCUUCCCACUGGAAGAAACCUGGUUCUAGGAAGGACGUUGUAGCCCACGGGAAAAAUACAGGAGGCCUGCAGUUCCCAUACAGCCGCUCAUCAAACCUCUCGGAGCAGAAUUGCUGCAGGCAGAUCGCGGGACAGCCCAGGCGUCCCUGGAGUCAGCGAGGGCCCCGCCAGCAGGUCUCGGGGCGGGACCUGGGUUAGUUCUCUGGCUGCGAGGCUCUGCCGCUCCUCCGCAGGUCACUCCAGCUCCCGGCCGCCCUCCUGUCUUCAACAUGCCUGGCCCGACCCCCAGCAGCACUAACGUGGGCUCCUCGGGGCGCUCUCCCAGCAAAGCAGUGGCGGCCCGGGCGGCGGGAUCCACGGUCCGGCAGAGGAAGAACGCCAGCUGUGGAACGAGGAGCGCGGGCCGGACGACCUCGGCGGGCACCGGGGGGAUGUGGCGAUUCUACACCGAGGAUUCCCCGGGGCUCAAAGUGGGCCCUGUUCCAGUAUUGGUGAUGAGUCUUCUGUUCAUCGCUUCUGUAUUUAUGUUGCACAUUUGGGGCAAGUACACUCGUUCAUAGAUUCGGCUACAUCCAUCUGUCUGUCAUCUGAAGAAGAAAGGAAAAAAUCCCAACAUAUUUUGGACCAAAAACAUAGUGAUUUUCUGUUCAUGAGGAAGAAAUUUUCUGCAAGCUUAACUGUUUUACAGGGAACUUAAUAAGAAUGAAAGAAUCCAUUUUUUUUCUAUGGCUAAUAAACUUUUUAAUUCAUUUAUACCAAGUCUUAUUGCUGAUGCCUGACUGCUAGGGCACUUAGUCACUCUGCCUUUAGAUUUACAAGUAAAUACGUAGAAAUUGUUUUGUGGAGAUUUUUUUUUGAUUGGAUUGACAGUUUCUUACAUGACCAUGUAGUCAUUCAAAUCCAAGAUGCUGUAAUUGGCCUUGGCUUGUUUACUUCUAGGUAUUUCCAUCCUGAUGAUUGUCAUUUUGAGUGUUCUGUGGUUUUCAAGGAGUGUGCCUAUGACUCCAUCAGGCAGAUCUGUGUUCAGAGGCAGCUGGUACCCAGCGGAAUCGUCAUAGAAAUCAUCCAGAAAUCUUGGAUGAAAUGUUUGCUCAUUCUGUUCUUUGUCUUUAAAGCCACAGAUAAUGUUUUUGCCUUUUGUUUUGUUUAGUUCUUAAUUCUGUGAGUCUAGAUGAGGGGUUUCCAUCUAUUUUAUCACUUGUCAAUAAACCCCUUUUGAAAUAACUCAUUUGAUAAAUUGGAUUUCUUGUAUAAAACUUUGUUUCAUUUUGAAAAUUAAAGACCUUAAUAAUCAGUGUGAGAUACCAGAAUUUCUAAACUGAGUUGUUAACGAUUCUAACCAAAAAUAAAAGUUUCUGAAGUGUCA